GAUCUGCGUCUGCAUUAUGUUUUAUUAGCAGAGACAUUUAAAAGCAUGUCAUCUUAACAAAGAGGUCUUGUGUAAUCCUAAAUGUACCACUUUGGUACACGGCUCCGAAGUGAAGAGACUUAAUUGAGCAGAUGGCUGCUGCUCCGGCAGGGAGGUGAUGCCCAAGACCCUCGAAGGGCAGCUCACCAUGGAGAAGACUCCCAGCUACUUUGUGACCAGUGAAGCCCCCCAGCGGAUCUACUCCAUGGCCAAGGACACCAAGCUGAUCGUGGUGGUGCGCGACCCCGUGACCAGAGCCAUCUCAGACUACACGCAGACCCUCUCCAAGAAGCCGGAAAUCCCCACCUUCGAGGUGCUGGCCUUCAAGAACCGGACCCUCGGCCUGAUCGACGCCUCCUGGAGCGCCAUCCGCAUCGGGAUCUACGCCCUGCACCUGGAGAACUGGCUACAGUAUUUCCCGCUCUCGCAGAUCCACUUUGUCAGCGGCGAGCGGCUCAUUGAAGACCCGGCGGGGGAGAUGGCCAAAGUGCAGGACUUCCUGGGCCUCAAGAGGGUCGUCACGGAGAAGUAUUUCUAUUUCAAUAAGACCAAGGGGUUCCCUUGCCUCAAGAAGCCGGAGGACAGCAGUGCGCCGCCCCGGUGCCUCGGCAAGUCCAAGGGCCGAACUCAUCCCCAAAUAGACCAGAGCGUGAUCCAGCGGCUGCGGAAAUUUUACAAGCCCUUCAACGUCAUGUUUUACCAAAUGACAGGCGAGGAUUUCCAGUGGGAGCAGGAAGAGGGUGAGAAGUGAGGCUGGAGCGAGUGUGCCGGGGGAACGGUGCCUCCUGCCCAGGCUCAGAAUCUGCUUGAAGCUGGAGAAGUGUCUGACUGCCCCAGCCAGAGAUCCACGACCAGUUCUGCCACAAGCCGGUAGCCAAACUCCCUUUCCGCACCUGGAAGAAGUACAAUCGCCUCUCCUGUGUCCCACGGACACAUCGUCUCUGGGCACGGGGGCCGCCCUGGCAGAACCCAGCCCACGUCUCUGUGCAUUCAGAGAGGGGAAAAGGGAAGAAUGUCUGCAUAUGUCUUGGCAAGGGUUUCUGGAAACUUUCCCCUCUUCAGGGCACCCUUGCUGUGAGAGACGGACGUCCGCUUCAUGCAUCCUGCUCCCCUCGCCAUGUUUUCAGAUGUUUAUUUUUGAUAUGGCCCGAGGCCUUGAGGCUGGGAGGGCAGAGGCCAGAGGAAGGCCUCCUUCUACAGGAGCAGGGGACUGCUUCAUGGCUGGCAGCAAGAACCCACCAGCGGGUAUCAGGAAACCCAUCUGGCGCCCGCCUGGAAGUUCCUACCAAGCACAACCUGUAGGGCUUUCUUGGAGUGUGACCCCCCUCCCCUGCUUCCCUGCACGGGUGGGCAUUUCCUUCUGUUGGGCACCGAGAGGAGGAUGAGCCGGGCUGUUUGGGGCAAACCUGCCCCCAGGUCCUGAACUCCACCCCUGUGAUUUUGCAGCGCAGGGCAACCAUCUUCCGAGGAAGUUGCCAGCUCUGAGAAUGCCGUCUUUGCACCACCACCCCACCUCUCUCUAUUCAAAUGUCAGCCUUCUCCUGCACACAAAAGAUUGAAUUUUGUAUUUGAUUUCAAUUAGCAAAGCAUAAAUUAUAUUUAAUUUUCUACUCACAGAGACGGGAUGAUUUAUUGUCCUGGAAAGCUGGGGAUCUAAUUGUUUGGAGACUCUGGCGAGGGAAGGAUUUGCUCCCCCCUCCCCCAUCUCCGCCGCUAUGUUGCCUCCCUGCCCGUUUCCCACCCCCACCCCCCCACGUCUGUCUAUCUUGUCACCCUUCGCCUGGAAAUUAGAAAAAUUUACUUUUGAAGCCCUGCCGUUCUUCUUCACAAUAAACACCUUGCAACAGCU